CAGCUGUUUGGUCGAAGUCGUAAUUCCGCGCAGUGUUUUUCUAAUUUUAUUCAAAGAAAAUUCGACAUAACAUUAUUUCGUAACCCGUUUACAAGUUGAACAGUGAUUUGUUUUCAUAUUAGUGCCGUGUGUGCUUCGGAAAUAAAAUUGGCUGUGAUUUUUAAAACUAUCGAAAUCGCGGUGGCCGAAAAACUUCUUUAGAAGCGGCGCGGCAUGUGAGCGAUGGCGGUGGGCGAGGCGCGCGUGCCGCUACUACACGGCGACCCGGCGCCGGCGCACCAUGAUAAAGUAACGGACCACCGCAGCUUGAGCGCGGGCGCGACGGUGGUGACGUCACUGGUGGCGGGCGCGUCUGCCGGAGCGCUCGCCAAGACCACCAUCGCGCCGCUCGACCGCACCAAGAUCAACUUCCAGACCUCCCAAACCCCGUACUCAUGGCGAGCCGCUGUGAGCUUCCUACUGCACAGCGCUCGCACAGAAGGCAUAAUAGCGCUAUGGCGCGGCAACAGCGCGACGAUGGCGCGCAUAGUGCCCUACGCCGCCAUACAGUUCACAGCGCACGAGCAGUGGAAGCGAGUGCUUGGUGUGGACACUCCACAGGCAGCACAACACCACCGCAUCAAGCACUUAAUAGCUGGGUCGCUAGCGGGCGUGACGUCACAGAGCCUGACGUACCCGCUGGACAUGGCGCGUGCUCGUAUGGCCGUCACCAACGCCCAGGAGUACCGCUCGCUGGCGGCCGUGUUCCGGCGCGUGGCCGCCGAGGAAGGACCGAGGGCGCUGUACCGCGGCUACCCCGCCACUGUGCUCGGAGUGAUUCCCUACGCGGGCGUGUCCUUCUACACUUAUGACACGCUCAAGCACAUGUAUUUUGAUCGCUUCGGCGGCACCCGCAAUCCGUUCUCAAACAUGAUAUUCGGCGGCGCCGCGGGCGCGGUCGCGCAAACAGCGUCCUACCCUCUCGACAUCGUGCGGCGUCGUAUGCAAACGGCGCGGCGCCGGCCCGAUGGGUCAUACAACUGUCGCACUAUACCAGCUACGAUCGCUUAUGUGUACAGCUCGGAGGGUCUCCGCGGGUUCUUCAAAGGGCUGAGCAUGAACUGGGUGAAGGGCCCCAUCGCCGUGGGCAUAUCCUUCGCGACCUACGACUUCAUCAAGUCCUCGCUUAGGGACAUCGCGCUGGCGCUGGAUAGGUAGAACUUAUGGAGGGAAGAGUUUAACGGUGAGUA